AUGAAUGUGUAUGAAACAGUCUUCAGUAAUUCUGUCAAUGGUUAUUCCAGGUUUCUUGUGCGCUUAAAAGAUUAUGUACGCAAUCGAUCCUAUCCCGAGGGAUCGAUUGCUGAAGGAUAUAUUGCUGAGGAGUGUUUGACAUUUUGUUCGAGAUAUCUUGAAGGUGUUGAAACGGUUUUCAAUCGACCUCAAAGGAAUUAUGAUAUCAUAGAGAAUGCAGAAGUUUACAAGUUCUCAUCUGGUGGAAGAGUUUUGGAAAAAGUUGAAAGUGUUGUUCUUGACCAGAAAUCGUUGGCACAGGCACAUCGCUAUGUCUUACUUCAUAGUGAUAUAAUAUCCGAGUCUCGCAGAGAAUUUUUAAUAGCUCAGCGAAGUCUCAACUAUAACAUUCGUUCUACACCAAGGAUUGAGCAACGAUGGUUGGUUGAGUUAUUUUCAGAAUGGCUUUUCAAACAGGUACCGGUGAUGAUGGAGAGGAAUUGUUCUGAGGAGUUAAUAGUCAUUGCUCGAGGUCCGAAUAAUAUUGUCAACAGAUAUGAUGGGUUUAUUAUAAAUGGUUUUAAAUUUCAUACUAAAGAGCGUGAGAAAUUUAGAAAAACCCAAAAUAGUGGAGUAAUGGUUGAGGCGGAUGGAAAAAAUUAUUAUGGUGCUCUAACAGAUAUUUAUGAGCUGGAUUAUUAUGGAAAGUUUAAGGUAGUAUUAUUUCGAUGUAAUUGGGUGGAUAUAAACUCACCUAGAGGUUUGAGGCAAGAUAUAAAUGGCUUCACACUAGUAAAUUUUUCAAGGUUGAUACAUACAGGUGUGCUAUUGAAAGAUGACCCAUUUGUUUUUUGCUCGACAAGUAUUUUUUGUGCAAGACUCAAAAGAUAA